GCAGCCUGAUGCAAAGGAAGAGUGAUAUGCACAAUGCCAGGGCUGGACACGGGCAUGGGCAAACCAGGCGGCUGCCCGGGGCUUGAACAGAAAGGGGACCCCAAAAUGGUAGAAUCACAGGCAUGUGUCUACCCAUGCCAGUGCCCCUCCCAGCCACUGCAGUGCCCUGCUGGUACCAGCCAUGUGUUGGAUGCCUGCGGUUGCUGCAAGGUGUGUGCCAGGCAGCUUGGUGAGCUGUGUUCCCUUCAGAAACCCUGCGAUCAUCACAAAGGACUCUACUGCGACUUCUCCAAAAUCCACAGUGGCAGUGGGAUAUGCUUAGCUAAUGAAGGAGCAACCUGUGAUCUGCUGGGGAAGAUCUAUCACAAUGGCGAGAGCUUCCAGCCCACCUGCAAGCUGCAGUGCAUCUGCAUGGACGGCGCCAUUGGCUGCAUCCCCCUGUGCUCAGACGACUUGCGGCUCCCCUCCCCAGACUGCCCCAACCCCCGCCGGGUGAAGCUUCUGAACAAGUGCUGCGAGGAGUGGAUUUGCCAGGAGGGCAGCCAGGAGAACCGCUUUGAAACAGCCCUGGCAGUUUUUAGGGAGAAUUCAGCAUACAAGCCUGAGCUGAACAACUUCCAGGAGAACUGCCUGGUCCAGACAACCGAGUGGAGCGCCUGUUCCAGGACCUGUGGGAUGGGCAUCUCCAGCCGCGUCACCAAUGACAACCCCCAGUGCCGCCUGGAGAAGGAAAGCCAGCUCUGCAUGGUCCGGCCCUGCAACUUCCUCCUGGAGAAGAGCAUCAAGAAAGGAAAGAAGUGUGUGCGGACCCCGAAGCACCGCCAGGCCAUUCACUUGGAGUUCUCCGGCUGCACCAGCGUGCACACCUACCGACCCAAGUUCUGCGGCAGCUGCACGGAUGGCCGCUGCUGCACCCCGCACACCACCAGCACCACAGAGGUGGAUUUUAGGUGCCCAGAGGGGGACAUCUUCCAGCGUAAGAUGAUGUUCAUCAGGACAUGCUCCUGCCACCAUGACUGCCCCAGGGACAAUGACAUCUUCCUGGCCACCUAUCACAGGAGGAUGAUAGGUGAUCAUGUCAGGGCAGAGAGGCAGUAGCCCCUUCCUCCCUGACCCCCAGGCCUAGGUGUCAAGAGUGUUCUCAAGUGUCCACAGUGCCUCCGCUGCUGAAGCCCAGGACCAUGCGGUCCCUUCUCACCCGUGGGGAGACCACAAUGCAAUUUGGGCCCAGUGGCAAGGACAACAAGGCAGGCAGCAUGGAGGGGAGCAGUCCCCAUGGGCUCUCUACUGGUACCAUGCAUCAGGCAAGGCUUGGGCAGGAGCAUCUGGCACACUCCCAUCAUAGUGGGGAUGCUGAGAGAACCAGGCUAGAUGCAGAGAUGGGCCUGAACUGGAGCCCUGAUCCAUAUUUCCCCAGCUUGUAAGGGGCUUUGGAUCUGGAUCUAAGCCACAAGGCUUAGCCCCACCUCCAGCUGGGAGCAAAAUGAGUGUGGAGUUCCCCGAAUCCACUGCCAUGCUGCAGCCUUGCCACAACCCCAGAGCAGAGGGCAAAGGAGAGGCCCAGCAGCCUGAUCUGUUGCCCAGCCAUGCCAAGCAGCCUUCUCAAUGGAGGAGGGAAUCUGAUACUGACCUUCUGCAAUGCGUCUCUCUACAUAGUUGUCUCCCUUGCCCAAAGAGGGGCUCCAGCCCUGCUGGCAAUUCCUUCCAACUAACUGGGAACUACCAUUGUUUGGCAAGGCUCAUCCCCUUCCUAGUGCUCCCCCCAUUGUGAUUCCCCUGUGCCCCAGAUUAAUCAGACCACAGGAAUUCUGUAUAUCUCUUGUGUCACUACGUUGCACGCAGGGGAUACCACCCAGAUGAUAGCAAGGCUAUCUAGCAAGUAUGUGAGAGCCAACAUUACAAGGGAAACAGCGGGUCCCAUUGCAAGAAGCCUAAACUUGCCAUAUGGCUUCCCUAGGGACAGCUGAGCCCUGUAAGAGCCAUCUUCAGAGAAGACAGGAAUCAACUGGGCUUACCCUGCUCUUUGCCAAUGCUAGAAGGAUAGUUCUAGGGCCCAGCUCCCAUCCCAGUUAUGGCAGUACAGAUCAGAAGUGUCCAGGGAGAGUAACAUCAAUGUAAAACUGGGGCUUGUUAAAGUAGAGUCAGCCUUCCAGCCUGUUGCACAUCAACAAAGAGAUCUGCCCCCUGUGUUUUGCAAGUCCCACACUCAGCCUGUACUGCCAAGAAUGAGAAUUGCCUACUUUUCUCCUCUGUUAAACUUCAGAGCUAGAACAGCUGGGGGACAAGGAACUGGAUUCUCUAGUGGCCUGUGCAUUAGCAACAGAGUUGAAUUUCAGUAGCAGAGUCUUUUUAUGACCAGCAGUGCAUGAGCCAGAAAAACCUAGCUCAGGUCAAAUCCCCCAGGAGCUUGAGGCACUGGCAGGAAAACCCAGCCUUUCUUGUAAAUGGAACAGAUUUAACCUGGCAUUGCUGAGACAGUACUGCAGAAAGCGCUGCCUGGAGCACCCUGUGUUCUGCAGCCACAGACCUCACCUCCUGCCAGAGAACUAUGUUGUAUUCACAGGGCUGCACAAUGACUGGGCUGGAUUCACAGGAGUGUCUCUUGCAAAUCAAAGGAAAUGAUUCUUCUGCUCUGUUUGGCACUGGAGAGGCCUCACCUGCAGAACAGAGUCCAGUUUGGGGCCCCACAAUUCAAGAAAAAUGUGAGCAGAUUGGAAAGAAUCCAGUGGAAAGCAACAAAAAUGCUUAGGGGCUUUGGAAGCAUGACUUGUGAGGAAAGGCUGAAAGAACUAGGGUUAUUUAGUCUGGAGAUUUUCAAGAGCAGGUUGGACAGACACUUGGCUGGGAUAGUUAAGUCAGGGGUGAUCCUGCCCUGAGCUUGGGGCUGGACUAGAGGACUUUAUGAGGUCCCUUCCAACCCUACUUUCCCGUGAUCCUAUCACCUGUGUUCAGAAUCUCGGCUUCCAUUGGAAAUGUUUGUAAUCCUUACGGCUGCAAACCAUCUUUGGACCAUGGCCUGCAUGUAAUCAGUGCAAGAGGCAUCUAGCUGAAAGUGCAGUCAGCCUGGAACAAUAAUUCAGAGAGGUGUGAGCUGCCCUGUUCAUCUGAGAGGGACCUUAACUCUAAAGAGUCAUGGUGAUUUGACAGCUCAACAUUACUGAGUAUUCAACUCCAGCUCAUUUUAGCAGAAGUAUCCAGAUAACAGCCUAGACACUAUGUGCCUUUUUCUGUCUCUGCUCUUCAAUUAAUCUGAAGCUGGGGCAGAAUUCCCUUCAGGACCACGCAGAGCCAAAGGACCCUACUGCAGGGCCAGCCUGCGGUGAGGGGCAGGUCCCGUGCUGCCCUCUGCAGCCAUGUUUCAGAGCAGAGCUUCAUUUCAUAUAGCAUCCUUGUGCAGGGAGGAAAGGCAGCUUGUCACUGGCUUCGAGGCAUUGGCUCUGACUUGGCCACUGAAAUGCCAGUUUGGGACUUGCCCUUUUCCCUCUGCCCCAAACACCUGCAGUAGCAUUGUUUCCUUCAGAGCCUUAUGCAGUUUGGGCUUCUGUUGUUCGCAUUGAAAUCUGAGCUGUAGACACUGCUAAAAAGAAGCCUUUGUCCAGCCUCUAUCAUUUUGCUGUCUCACAGCUUCCCCUUGGGCCUUUCCAAGCUGCCAGUCCCUCCCAGCCCUUCUUGCUCUGCCCUGGUGUGUGCUUCUCCCUGGCUGCAUGCAGAGCUCAGAGCCUAGUUGCACUUUACCUGAUCACAGUAAAAUUCUCUCUCUUUUUUUUAUAUAACCUGCCUGGUCUCUUCUGUGAUGCUCUGCUGCUAAUCAGGUGUGCCACCUUGUGCAAGUCCCCUCCUUCUCUGAGCCUCUGUUUCUUCUCCCAUCACGGGAGAAGAUGCCUUGCACAGGGACUACCUCACCCGCCCCCUCUCCCUGCCCCAGUAUCUGUGCAGCACCAGUCCUGAUCUGCGUGGAUGGUAAGAUGCUGCAAGCACAGUGCAGAUGCAGUGAGGUGCCAGACAAUGCCAGGGCUGCAAUAGCAUCCCAUCCGACCAACGUGCACUGUGAUUGCUUCUGACUACUGCCCUGGAGGAGGGGGGGUAGGAAUCAUAGGUAGCUGUUCACCAACGCUGCUCCAUUAAGAAGUCUGAAGUCUGUAAUACUGGGUUAAAAAUAAACCUGGGAGCAGAUGUGAGCAGGGGUUGGUGUCAAUGUGGCCAGAAUGUGGAGGCUCUUUACGGAGGCUUAACAGCUUAUAGGUUCUGUUCACUGCCUUGUAACAUUAUCCAAGGGAUCCCUAACAUGGACACUUGCAGGAGCUGUUUUCCAGAGACCUGUGUGAUACUGGGAAGAUGGUCUCCUCUCCUCACAGGUUCCCCACUACCUGUGUCUCCUUUCCUGGGGACAGGAUCUGAAGCUGCGGCCCCUCCAGAUGAGAGAGGAAAAGUGAGGCAGAUCCCCAGGGAGCCCCAGUGUGCUGCAGGUAACCAGGCAGCCCGGUUCCUUUCUCACUCAUGCUGGCUUUACAUUGUUCAUCUCCAUUGAUCCCUUGGGGUCACUCCAAUUUCCACCAGUGUAAGGGAGAGCAGGAUCAAAGCCUGAGGAAUGUCCUCCACCAAGGGCAGGCAGGAGUCAUGGAAACACUCCCAGAUUUGAUGGGAGUUUAGCUCUGCCUCUCAUCCAGGCAGCUGACUCUGUGUCUGGAGCAGUGGUUCUCGGCCUUUCUGGACUCGAAGCACCCCUCACUGGACUCGAGGAAGCCCUCCAGAACUUGUGAAUUGAAUGGCACUCAGUUGAUGUUUGAUAUAUUACAGUGCUUACCUCCUUGCAGAGGCGAUGGGGAAUCAGCCAGGCAGGGGCAAGCCUGAGCCUGUGCUUCUCUGUUUAAUUUAUCUGCUUAUCCCCUCACACCCCAUGGCACCCUUCAAAUGAUCUGGCAGCACCCUAGGGCACCCCAGCACCCUAGCUGAGAAUCACUGGUCUAAAGCAUCGCUGAGGGCUGGGACAGGAAUCCCCUUCUCCAUCUCCUUCACACACCCUGGCUGCAUAUCCGUCCCCUUCUGCAGCCACCUAAUAUCACAUCACAAUCCCCCACUCACCUGCCCUGCUUGCUGCCAGGGCUCCCACUGGCAGCUCCUUCCCAGCACUGAGCUAUGCCUUCUCUGGGGUGGUAGCUGUCAAUGGAGGUGGAGGGGAAAUGAGAAGUAAGGCAGAGAGAAGAAAGAGGCCCUCCCUGCUGCCGCAGCUUGAUUUUUCUUUUUCCCUUUUGGUUACGGGAUAACUACAAUAAUCAUCAGUCACUUUUUAUACAGUCCUGAAUCCCAAAGUGCUCUGGCAGCUGGGAUGUCUUCACCCACCAUGGAAUGAAUGCUGGCACCUCGGGGGUGGAAGGUGGCAGCCGACGGCAGCGCUGCACAAUGGAGCACUCUGUUCAAGUGAAGUUGGAGAGGGAAUUCAGGGAAGCAAUAUGGACUCAGCCACAUGGAAAUCUGAUGGGACCCUGGUGCCACACUUGUCGAGGGGAACAUCAUGUGGGUAAACAGCUGCAGGCAAUAUGGAUAACAUGCAAGGAGCAGUUUUCAGGGAAGAGAGCUAGGGUUUCAGAGCCUGGUUCUUUUGUCUGUUAGGGACAUAAGGGGCGCAUCUACACGUGCAGUUAAUGCAACACAAUAAAUUCCAGUGCUUAUCGCACCAGAAUGUAUUGCUCCUGGGCACCCCAUUUACAUGCAUGUUGGACCAGAUCGGAGCAGCCCCGGCUGCCAGGGGACCUGGGGACAGGCCUGCCAGCCCAGGCCCGCUUUGACUCGGCUCAGCAUGCUACCGAGGGGUUGGCUGCGGCACAAGAGUGGUUCAGUGAUAGGCUAGCUGGCAAGCAGCCCCUGCACUGCAACACCCUCAUGCCCCAGCCAACUGAGUCAGUGUCUACACAUGCUUUGUGGCACACUAAAUAAUGCUGCCACAGGGUAGUACUUGUAUUUACAAGUACUAACCUACAGCAGUGUUUAUUCAUUUCCUGCGACCUACCUAAUAGGGCUGCAUGUGUAGAUGUGGCAACUUUACUGCAGAGCCAAUUAGGCAGCUCCGCAGUAAAUGUUUCGUGUAGAUGCGCCCAGGGACACCCAAGCUACAGGUUUCUGUCUUCAGUGGGUGGGAAAAGCACAGAGCUCAGCCAUGGGUAUGGGCACCUCAUGGGUAACUGAUACCUUCAGAGCCCCCACCCCUGCAAGGGGAAGACAGGUAUGGCCAUAGGAAGAUGACAGAGGUGAAAAAAAGAGUCUGGAGAGGAGGAAGGCUCUCUGGGCCUGGGAUGAGUGAUGUUCUCUGGGUGUGAGUCUCUUAAUGCUAUUGCAAGUGCUCAGGGGCUUUUAUUUGGUCAUCUGCCACUGGGCGGCAGCAGACACCUUGCUAACCAGCACUUGGCUUUCCUGGGUCUGGGUUUGUCUCUGGGUUAUGGAGGGAGAGGAGAUGUGGUGCCUUUGUGUUGUUGCCACAUAACAAGCGCUCCCCUUUCUCAAGCACUCCCCUUUCUCCCCUGCAUUGCCACUUUUGAGUGGGCUGCAGUGUGGGGGCUCUGGCUGGGCCACGUCUGGCAGUGAAACAGCUAUGGCAGAGCAAUUGGGUGCUGCAGGACCACCUGGCUCUGACUGACCCCAUUGUGCUGAGACACAGCCAGCGGAUCGGGGGCAACACGUAUGCUGCAGUCAACAGCUUUGUGAGUCAUCACCAAAUACACUGCUCCUUUCCAAGGGCAGCCUGAAGGACUGGCACCACCCUAGUAAUCCCUGAGGCAGCUUCCUUAGGCACUUCCCUCACAAAGCCCAGCUGAUGUGCCCUGGGCAGGGCCCACCACUGCUGGCCAGCGAUACCACUCUGCCAGAGCAGGUGGGAAUGUGUUCAGCUGGGUGUGUUUUACUCCAAUGUGCUGCUUCAUGGGAGCCAAAAGGCUUGGCAGAGACAUCUCAGUUCUGAUGAUGUUUGCAGCAGGAAGCAUUUCAAGGUCCAGUGCAUUGCAGUCACUCCAGCUUGGGGAAGGAGAGAGGAAUCCCAGAGCUGCCUUUCUGAAUCCACACCAGAAGUUUGGACUCAGUUCUGUUUUGUAAGAGCAUUAAGCAGGAAUAAAGCAAAUAGCAAAGCCUCA